AUGACGGCCCUGGCCCGUGGUCGGGAAGCGGAGUCGCAAGAUGGACGACGCCAGCUUUCCCUGGUUUCAGAUUCGCCGCCUAACCUGCCGCGGCGGCUCCCGCCUUCCUGGCAACCAUGGACUACGGAGGAGGACGCGGUGCUGCUGCGGCACGCGCUAAGGCACGGCACGCGGCAGUGGGGGCGGCUGGUGCGAGGCAAGCAGCUCCUGCGCGGCAACAAGGCGUGCUGCAACCGUUUCCUCUUCCUCAAAAAGAAGUUUACCCAGAAGCCCACUGAUGCCACAUUGCCAGCUCAGCAACAGUUCCAGCAAGGCCCAUCCGUCUCCACUUCCUCCAGCCAACCACAGCGACACAUGUGUAGCCGUCCUGAUGUGGCGUUGCAAUAUGGCGGGCUGUCAUUGGUCGAGUGCAUGCAGCUGUUCCUCCCCGCUGGUAUUCGAGACAUCGUGGUCCCACCUGCUGUUUCACCUGACCAUGCACCUGAGUUCAAUCCAGCACCUGCUGAGGCUAUCCUCGCGGAUCCGGAGCAGUUUGUACCGAGCAUGGGACGCCUAGGGAGAGAGAAUGCAGUAGCAGCAGCAGCAGUAACAGCAGCAGCAGCAGCAAUAGCAGCAGCAGCACCAGCAGCAGCAGCAGCAUCAGGACAAGUAGGAGAAGGAGCAACAGGAGCUCAGCAGCGCACAGCAUCAGUGGCAGAUCGCCAGCUGGCUCACAUUCUGUUUCCGGAAUUACGAGCCACAGAUGUAUGCACCAUGAACCCCAUGAAUCGGGGGAUGAAGAGGCUUCGCAAUGUCAACACAGGAUUCAGCAGCGGCGGCGCUCACACCGGCACGUGUGAAGGCCUGUCGGCUGUGCAGCUUCAAAACAUUGAAGUUGUCCGGCCUGCAGCUCACUGCAGCAGCAUCAACACACCCAUCUGGGGCUCUCUCCCCGCCCUUGACUGGCCUCUUUCCUUCUCAACCUCCCUCUCACCCUCCUUCACACCCUCCUUCACACCCUCCUUUUCACCCUCCGUCACACAUUUCCUCGCACCCUCUCUCUCACCGACCCACAUGUCCACCUCUCGGACCUACCCAGCCAGCCCUCUCUCAUCCGCGUCGCACUGGCACUCCACCUCUCGCAAGCCCUUCGCCUUCAGCCUGACUCAAAGCUCCCUCCUGCAUACCGCCCUUCCUAACAUCUUUUCGCCAUCCCUCCACUCUACCGUCCCUCCUCCCACCACUCCCUCCACCGCCCUCCCCAUCGCUCCUGCCAGACACAACCCUCUCCCGUCCCCUUCCUCCUUCAUACCCUUCCCUUCAGCUCCCAGCCAGUUUGCUGCUUUGUUCACGCCCACUCCUCUCAUUACACCCACGACGCUAACGGUGUCAUCAGCCCCUACCACCGUCAUCAACCGUGGCCCACCGCACUCUAUUCCCUCCUUCCCCUUACUCUCGGACCUCCAGUCCGCCCUCCACUCUCCACCGGCCAAAGCACCUCUCACACUCUCCGACCCACAGCACUACCCUUCUCAGUGCUACCCUUCCCGCAGUGCCUCCCCAAGCAACGCUGCUUCCUCCGCUUCUGUCGAAUGCUCCCCGCCUUCCUCCCAGACCUCCUCCCAACCCUCCUUCCAACACGUCUUCCGACCCUCCGCUACGCCAGUGGAAUCACAGCAGCUGCGAGCCACAGCCGCUCCGUCAGCUGCUCCUUCCCACCCUGCUGCAGCAGCAACAUCCGCAAGCGUGCUUUGCAUUCCUCCCAUUCCUCCUGUGCUUCCAGCAGCAGCAGCCCUUCCAACUUCUUUGUAUCAUGCAACAAUGGACACACCUCCCUUGUCUUCACCUGCACUAGCAGCAGAACAUGGGAGGCCGCAGAAGAUGCCUCGGACGAGCCGAGGAGUUUUGCCCCCCGCUGCUCUGGAAUUCGCCCGCUCCUUUUUUUCUGGGCUGUUGGGCAGGGUUGAUCACCAGGGAAGCGAGAGCAGCGACAGGGAAGGACUGCCUAGUUUGAGCGAGUCUUUACUGUCUGACAUGGUUACUGCAGCGACUGCUGCUCCUGGUGUAACUGCUACCCCUGAUGUGACUGAUUCUCCAGCAGCAGCGGCUCUUGCAGCAGCAGCAGCAGCAGAAGGCAUACCAGUAUGUCAGGGAGAGGUAUCCAUUUGGAAGGAUCUGAUUGAGCUGGAGGGCGGGGAGAUGGAGGUGGUCUGUGGUGUGGAGAAGAGAGCAGGGUUGGCGCUGGGCUCUUUCUGCGAGCUGGAGGUCCUCUUACAGGAGAAUGAACAAGCUAGUGUGGCACCAUUUGGCACACAAUGA